AUGAAAAUACGAAGCGCUGUUCUAUGCUCUCUUUUGGUGGGCACGGCCCUUUGCGCCCCAGCUGUCGAAAAGAAAAAUGAAAGGAAAGCGGCAAAAAUGAGACAACCACCGGCUGAAAAACAGGUCAAGAAAAACUCGGCCGAGCGAAUCGCCGACACGGUGGCGUCAAUGGUUUUCGAGGAUGACGCGGAUACGGAUCUCGCCGAAUUGAAGCGAGCUUACAAGAGUGUGGUGGCGAAGAACCCCGCCGGUAGGCGAAGGGGGCCCAAGGCUUUCUCCGGUGGUUACGGUGGAUUUGGGCGAUUCGGUGGGCCGAUGGGUGGCUUCCAGGGUGGAUAUGGAAUGGGUGGACCGAUGGGAGGAGGCGGUGGUGGAGGAUACGGUGGAGGUUAUGGAAAUGGUGGUGGUGGUGGGGAUAUGGAUGGAGGAUAUGGAGGAGGAUAUGGAGGCGGACCUGAUUUCGGUGGCUAUGGAGGAGGAGGAAACGGUGGCUACGGCGGAAUGGGUGGUGGCGGUUAUGGCGGCGGCGGUAUGGGCGGCGGUGGUUAUGGAGGUGGUCCAGGAGACUACGGAGGCUACGGAGGAGAUUAUGGCCCAGGUCCAUAUGGUCCGUACGGUGGUUAUGGAGGCGGAGGAAUGGGCGGAGGAAUGGGCGGUGGAAUGGGCGGAUAUGGCGGAGGAGGAUACGGAGGAGGAGGAGGCGGUGACUUUGGAGGACCGAUGGGCGGAUAUGGAGGACCAAUGGGCGGUUACGGAGGAGGAGGAGGAGGAAUGGGUGGAGGCGGCGGUUAUGGAGGAGACGGAUACGGAGGAGGUGGCUACGGAGGUGGCGGAUAUGGCGGAGGUCCAUAUGGAGGAGGAGGUGAUAUGAUGGGUGGAGGUAGCCCAUGUGGACCUGGUGGAUGUCGUGGCAAGAAG